AUGCUCUCCGUCCCGAGGGUGAAGACAUUGAUUCUGGCUGCCCAGGAGUCGCAGCUGCCGAACCCCUUCAAGAAGAUUGGCCAGUUCAACGCAUUCUUGCACACGGCUGUCACCGCGGAGCGCAUCGAGUGGGCCGUGGAACUACUCUUGGACCUCUACAACAGCGGGGGCAUCAACAUCGAGGACAUGGGCACCCGCGCCCUCGAGGGCAAGUCAGCGGGGAGCAGUUCCGGCGGCAAGGGCUUGAUCGACCUUCUCGUCUACAAGCAAUGGCUCCUGAGCUACAUGGUCGGCGAGUGGCUCGACGGGAUUGCCCUCGACUCCAACGCCAAGGCCGCCAUCCGGGACACCUGCAAGAGCAUUGCGCACUUCCGCUCGAAGGCGGGGUACGCCUACAAUCCGAACAUGAAGAAGCCCUCUUUCGCGCGGCGAGCUGGGUGGAGCCAGGCCGCGGAGAAGACGUUCGAGCUGAUCGAGGGCGCCAUCUUCGGGUACGAGUUCGACAGGGGCAUCAAGUCUGCCGCCCUCAAGCGGUGCGACCCCAAGUCGUGCAUGGAGCAGGGCGACCUGGCCGAGGCGGCGAGCACAAUCAACGAGAUGCUCGGCACGGAGGAGCGCACCCGGAAGGCGGCAGAAGAUCAUCAGAAGGAGGUCAGCGACGAUCCCGAGGACGAGGAACCAUGCCUGACGUUGGAAGAGAUGCCGGAGAUCAAGAAGCUCGUCAAGAAGACCGAGGCUGAUGAGGCCAAGGCCAAGCGCGUCUCCUACUUCCAGGCGAAGGCGUCCACGCUGGUUCACACGCACGUGGAGUUGGUCUCGGAAGUGGAGCCCGAUGACGUCAUCAUCCAGCGCUUCAAGGACAGCGCCGCCUACAGGACCACCGGCUCCAAGGACAAGAGGAACUAUCGCGGCUUCUUCUACAACCCGAACCACUGCGGGGAGUCCAGCUCGAAACCGCACGCGCGCCCUCCUUCGCUACGGGGAAACGGCGAACACCUGAGGAAGUUGUUGUCGCUGGCGUUGAGGGCCACCGAUUUCCAGAUGGGUGAUCGGGACUUGUACUUCAUCUUCGACGCCG